AUGGCACCCGCCACAAGGAUCUACAACCCGGUGAAAGACUAUUCGCUCCCGGCACUCGACCUCUGCAGUCUAAUCUACACGUCGCCGGAAAGCCACAGCACGGACGACACGAUCCUGCACCUGGAAGCCGCGCUGCCGUCCAAUAGCGUAACGAAAGCGCAGGCGCGGAUCUACAGCCAGCGCAUCGCGUAUGCGCUGCGGCACAGCUACGGGAUCGCUGGUGACGGCGUGUCCGGGCGGGAUGUCGUGGUCGUCAUGUCGUCGGGCCAGGUGUUGCUCGCGCCCGCCUUCUACGGUGUCAUUGCCGCCGGGGGAAUCUAUUCGGCGGCCAGCUCGAGUUUUACCGUCAUGGAGCUGGCCAGGCAGAUCAGGCAGGGGGAUGCGAAGGUCGUGGUUGCGAGUCCUGAUUGUGUCGAGGUCGCGACCAAGGCCGCGGCCGAGUGUGGUUUGGAUGCCGGGAGGGUGUUGGUGUUGGACAGUAUGGGAGGGACGAGGGUGUUGGAGAGUGUGCAGGGGAAUGGGAGAAAUUUUCUCGAAGGCGAAGGGUCACUGCAGGAGAGGUUGCACUGGGAGGUCGUGACUGAUCGUGAGGUGCUGGAGAACAGGGUUAUUUGCCUGUUGUAUUCCAGUGGCACGACGGGCGUUCCUAAAGGUGUCAAUCUCAGCCACUCCAACAUCGUUUCCGAAGGUCUGAUCCCGCAAUACAUGCUGCGCGAAUGGAUGGCGAAGCAACGCCAGAAAGACGCCAACUUCAAAUUCGGAUACCGCACCCUCGCCCACUUACCCGCCGCCCACAUCGCUGGCUGCCAGGGGUACUUUGUCAAUCCAUCCAUCGCGGGCGGCCCCGUCUACUGGAUGCCGAAAUUCGAUUUUGCAAAGUUUCUCGAGUACAACAAGAAAUUCGAGAUCGAGUUCUUCUUCACCGUGCCGCCGAUCUACCUGCUUUGCGCCAAGAGUCCGGCGGUGACGGACCAGUUCAAGACGCUGCGGCAUGCGAUCACGGGGGCGGCGCCGAUGGGGCCCGAGUUGCAGGCUCUGGCGGAGCAGAAGCUAGGCUGCAGUAUUUCGCAGACGUGGGGCCUGAGUGAGACGACGGGGAGUGUCACUGGCAUGCCGUGGGAUCAGGAUGAUCAGACGGGUUCGGUCUCGCCUCUGUUGCCGAAUGUUCGUCUGCGAGUGGUGGAUGACGAUGAGAACGAUGUGGAAGAGGGUCAAGAGGGUGAAUUCAUCGUCCAAGGCCCCAUGGUCACAAAGGGAUACUGGAAGAACCCCAAGUCGACCACAGAGACCUUCACCCAAGACGGAAAGUGGUUCAAGACAGGCGACGUGGGCGUCUACCGCGACGGCAUGUUCUACAUCGUCGACCGAAAGAAGGAACUCAUCAAGUACAAGGGCCUGCAGGUGGCGCCGGCGGAACUGGAAGCCCUCCUGCUGAGCCACGACCAGAUCCUCGACGCCGCCGUCAUCGGCGUGCCGGAUCCAUCGGGCAGUGGCAACGAGCUGCCCCGCGCAUACGUCGUGGCGGACGCGAAGAAGAUCUCCGCUGGGCAGAUCAAGGAGUUUGUCAAACAGAAUCUCGCGGCCCAUAAACAGUUGCGAGGUGGCUGUCUUUUCCUCGAUGCGAUUCCUAAGAGUCCGAGUGGGAAGAUCCUGAGGAGAGAGCUGAGGGACUUGGCCAAGCGCGAGGCCAAGGGUAAUGUGAAGUUGUAA